CUUCUCUAAGAAGAUAUUUCUGACAUAAAUUAUUAAACAGUAUACAAAAUCCCAUUUAAUUGUCAACGUGUUCUGCACACAAUCACCAAUUUUAUCCUCUUUUCUCCUAUAAAAACGCCCACUCUAUGCUUCACAUUUCAUCACAACUACAACAAGAACUUACUUUAGUGAUUAAAUUUUCUUUUACAAAAAAUCUCUCAUCUCAAACAACAAAUUAAGAAAACAUGUCUUGCUGUGGAGGAAACUGUGGCUGUGGAUCUGGCUGCAAGUGCGGUAACGAUGGAGGAUGUGGGAUGUACCCAGACUUGGAGAAGUCCACUACCUUCACCAUCAUUGAAGGUGUUGCACCCGUGACCAACUACGGAAGGGUUGAGGAGAAAGCAGCAGGAGAAGGAGGAAAUGGAUGCAAGUGUGGAUCAAACUGCACCUGUGACCCUUGCAAUUGUUAAGAAUGUGAAUUCCACAAUAAUAAGUGUGUGUUGUUGUAAAAAAUUUCUGUAAUAAUAAUGAUAAGACUAUAGCCAUAGAACGGGUCACCAUCUGUUCUUAGGUCACCAUCUGUUCUUAGGUUUGUGCCUUUCCUGUUUGUUUCUCUAUCUGACAUAUUUCUGUAGUGUGAUUUGCGGUGUAACAGAAACAUAUCAUAUAUACAAUUAUAUACUGUAAGUUUGUUUAA